AUGGCGGCGAGCCUGACGCGCUGGCUGCGGCGCAAUCCGAUCAAGUCGACCCUUGCCGUCACCGCGCUGGCUGCUCAUCAAUAUGACACCCACUUUUGCUAUGAGCGCUUCAAUCGCAACGUCCGCACCCUCUUUGCUGCCAUUGCCACCGUGUACGACUACAAGAUUGACCUCGAUCGUCACCCAGAAGCGAUCGACGAUAUUCACGCCCGUGUCGCCCAGCGCUGGUACAACAUUUGCUGCGUCAACGCUGGCCUCUACAUCAAGCUGGGCCAAUCCGUCUCUUUGAUGAACCACAUCAUGCCGCCAGCCUUUGGCCAGCUCUUUGCAGCCCUCCAGGAUCAAGCUCCAUAUGUCGACUACGACGAGGUGUGCAAGGUCUUUCGCGAAGACUUCAAUGGCCUGGCCCCGCACGAAAUCUUUGCCGAAUUCGAUCGCCAGCCCGUGGCCUCGGCCUCGAUUGCCCAAGUCCACCACGCCAAACUCCACGACGGGACUGAGGUGGCUGUCAAGGUCCAAAAGCCCAACAUCCGCUACCAGAUGCCCUUUGAUCUCUGGUGCUACCGAAUCAUGGUCAAAGCGUUUGAGUGGACCUUUGAUCUACCCCUCUACUGGACCACACAUGACCUCUGCAAAAGCAUCACCUUGGAAGCCGACUUUCGCAGCGAGGCCAACUUUACCAAGCAGGCCAAGCAAGACCUUGAAGGCCAUGUGCCACACGUGUAUGUGCCUCGAGUCUACGACGAGUUUAGUCGGCCCCGCGUCAUGGUCCAAGAAUGGAUUGUCGGAGACAAACUAUCCAAAACCGCUGAACUACAAGCGAAAGGUUUCAGCAUCAAGGAUGUCAUGACCACGACCAUGCGGGCUUUUGCUCACCAGCUCUUUAUCAGCGGCCGCGUGCAUGGUGAUCCCCACCCUGGCAACAUUAUUGUUCGACAAGAACCAGGCAACCCCAAAACACAGCACCAGAGCCUGAUCUUGACCGACUUCAAGGCCCUGAAAGAAGUGUGCACUGACUGGGGCAUCCACGACUCGGAGCUCUUUGCCAGCCUUCAGCUGUUCCGGCCUUUUGGCAAAAAGAGCGCCCGUCGACUUCGUCCCGAGGAACUGACCAAAGAGCAACUGAUGCAGUUUCAGGUGGAGGCUAAGAAUCGGGUGCGCGAAUUGCUCAAGGAGACUCACAAGAUUCCCUCCGAACUGGUGAUUCUCGGCCGCACCAUGAAUUGCCUGCGCGGCAAUAACAAGGCUGCUGGGUCCGUCGUCAAUCGCGUCAACAUUUUUGCUCAGACGGCCGUUCAGGGCCUCGAACUCUCGCGUUCUGAACGCGCCAACCAAAGGGGCCUGCUGCAAGCAGAUCGUUCAUGGUGGGAGUGGCUUCGUGCCAAGUCCAUGCUCCUCGACUUUCGGUACGAAGGUCCCAUCCGACCCCCUUCUACCGCGAUUGGCCGUUUCAGCCUGUGCCCAUGGCAUUUGUUCGAGGUUGUCACCAUUCUUUGA